AUGCCGAAAAGAGGAAAUAGAAGAAGAAGAGGUGGCACCGGUGGCAGUGGUGGUGGCCGAGGUGGAAGAGGUGGCUCUAGAGGAAGAGGUGGUGGAAGAAGAACUCCAUCUGGUGCCAAUCGUGGUAGACACCCACUGCGAGGCAAUAAAAACAGAUCUCCUAGAACAAUAACACAAUAUGGGGAUUUAAUGGAUGAUGAUAAUAUUUUUAUUCCUAAAACCAUGUCUGAAGUGGCAUCAAAUAUGGGUAGAAGAAAAUAUGGGGGAAUGUUUGAAGAAAUAGAAUAUACUGAAAGUCAUCAAGAAGAUCUUAUGCUGAGACAAUUAAGAAAUCGACCGGUUGAAUUUGUUAAGGCAAAAGAAGUUUAUGAUCCUAAUGUAAUUCUUUAUAAAUUGGCAAAAUUAAAUAACAAAGAUGAUGGAAUUGAUAUUGCUGUUCAAAGCAUUUCAUUGGACGAUUCAGAAAAUGAGUCAUCGACUAAUAAAGUUGAUAUAUCACUGUCAGAGGAAAUAGAAGAGUCAGGGGAUGAAUAUGAAGAUGAACAAGACGAUGAAGAUGAUUGGGAUGAGGAAGAAUUACAUAAUGAGAUAACCACAAAACUAGAAGCAUUAGAAGAAGCGAUGAAUAAUGUUUCCAGUGAUACAGAACUGGAACAAUCUGUGAGCCAUAUAGAAGAGGAAGAUGAAAAAGUUGAAAGUCAUAUCCCAGAACCCGAUCUAUCUGCAGAGGUUGAUGAACCUUUACAGGAAAUUGACGAAUCUGAAAAUGAAAACCAAAUGGAGUCCGAAGUUGGCACAAACACUAACACUCAAGAUAUUGAAACAUUAGAUAUUAUAAUAGACCUCCCGAGUAAUAAAGUCGAACUGCAUAUGUCGCAUUCAUUACCACAAAAAUUCAAAACUCCUUCAAGCCCCGAUGAUGACAAUGAUGACAACAACAACAAUAGCACUCCCGAAUCAGAACCAGAAUAUGGAUAUUUAGAAGAAGAUUAUGAAUUUGAUGUUUCUAAAAUUGAAGUUUCCAAUGUUAGAUUUGGUAUUGAAAAUCAAUAUCAUAUUAAAUGUAUGGAAUUGACGGGACUGAUUGAUGAAUAUAUAUGGAUUGAUGAAAAUGAUGUGAUUGAAUAUGUUUUAGAUAAUGGAGUUAAAGAACAUCGAUUGAAUAAAUUUUUAUCAUUUAUUACCAAGGGAAUGAUUGAUGAACAAGAACCAGAACCAGAACCAGAAGUUUAUAUUUCUGAUAGCAAUAGUGAGGAAGAAGAGGAAGAAGAAGACGACUAUAAUUCAGAACAAGAUGAUUAUCCAUAUGAUCUGGAUGAUAAUUUAGAAGAUUUAAUUGCAUAUUCCAAAACCAGUACACAGGGACUCAUACCAUUUGAAGAUCGUGAUUUCUCCAAUAAUAUUCCUAGCAAAAAAAGACAAACAUUUGAUCAUUUAGAUUUUGAUGAUGAUGGUGAAUUACAAGAUUCAUUAAUACGUCAACUAAACAAUUAUAAAGCCAAUAAAAAACUUAAAAAACAUCAAUGGGAACAACAAAAAUUAGAAGAAUCAAUAUUACAUCAUGAUAUGUUAAUCAAAUACCCUGUUAGUUUACAUAUUAAAGAUAUAAAAUCUGAAUUUGAUCAAUUAUUAAAAGAUGAAUCAAGACAAUCAAUGAGUUUCCCAACAUUAGAUACUCAUGGUCAUAAAACAAUUAAAAAUUUAGCUGAUUGUUAUCAUAUGAGUGUUAUAAAAUCGGGGAAACAAGGUAUAAGGAAAUAUUUAAAAAUUGUUAAAAAUAAAGCGACAUUUAAAUAUUAUCCUAAUUAUGAAAGAAUUAAUAGAAUAUUAAGAGGAAGACCAAUUUUUCAUAGAAUUGAUCAAAAACCUCAACACAAGAAAGGUGAGAAAUCAAAAUCAAAAUCAAGUCGUGGUGAUGCUUCUUCUAGUAGAGCUCGAUUUAAAGAAGGUGAUAUUGUUGGUGCUGAAGCACCUGAAAUUGGUAGUUCUAAUCUAGGUAGACAAAUGUUGGAAAAAUUAGGAUGGAUACAAGGUCAAGGUUUAGGUGUUGAUGGGAAUAAAGGUAUUAAUGAACCAAUUUUAGCAAAAGUUAAAACUUCAAAAACUGGUAUUAAAUAG